AUGAAAUCUCUGAGGGAUGUUAUGCUCCACCAUGCUCAGGUUAUAAAAGCUGCUUCUACCUCAAACAUUUUUGCUUUGAAUGAAGUCGUUCGUCUUUACGCUAAUCAUGGACUCCCGCAUGUUGCCCAGAAGUUGUUUGAUGAAAUGCCUCAGCGAAAUGUAUUCUCUUGGAAUACCGUCAUAUCGGCUCAUAUCAAAGCUCGGAACCUGGCUCAGGCACGAGCUCUUUUUGAUUCUGCCCCUCAUAAAGAUUCGGUUUCUUAUAACUCCAUGUUAUCUGGUUAUGUUAGUGCUGAUGGAUAUGAAACUGAGGCGCUUAAUUUGUUUACUACAAUGCAAUCCAUACAUGAGACAACUGGAAUUGAUGAGAUCACUCUGACGACAAUGAUUAACUUGGCUACAAAGCUUCGUGUUGCUCUUUUUGGAAGGCAAAUACAUUCAUACAUGGUGAAAACUGCAAAUGAUGGAAGUGCAUAUGCAGUGAGUUCUCUUAUUGACAUGUACUCGAAAUGUGGGUUAUUUGGUGAAGCUUGUAACGUCUUCAGUGGUUGCAAUGGGGAGGUGGAUUUGAUUUCAAAGAAUGCAAUGCUUGCUGCUUGUUUCAGGGAAGGAAAGAUGGGCAUGGCUUUGAAUAUAUUUUGGGAAAGUCCCGAAUUGAACGACAUUAUAUCCUGGAAUACAUUGAUUGCCGGUGAGUGUUUGGGUGCUUGCUCUGGCCUACAAUGCUUAGCACUUGGGAAGUCUGUCCAUGCUUGGGUGUUGAAAAACACCUCAUUUUCUAAUCAAUUUAUUAGCAAUGCCAUUGUUGAUCUCUACUGCAAGUGCGGGAAUCUCAAAUAUGCAGAAUCCGUUAAUGCAGGAACCAAGACUAGUAACCUCUUUGCAGUUGCUUCAUUUAUUUCAGGCUAUUCAUCUCAAGGCAACAUGAGAGAAUCCCAAAGACUUUUUGAUUCACUAACAGAAAAAAACUCCGUCGUCUGGACGGCUCUAAUUUCUGGUUAUGUCAAAGCAAAGCGAUGUGACGUAGUCUUCAAACUUUUUAGAGAGUACAUGACCAAUGAAGCAUUAGUUCCUGACGGGUUGGUCAUUAUCAGUGUGCUUGGUGCUUGUGCUAUAGAAGCCACGCUUACUUUGGGAAAGCAGAUUCAUGCUCAUGUCUUGAGAAUGGGAAUUGAAAUGAAUGAAAAAUUACCUAGUGCUUUAGUUGAUAUGUAUUCAAAAUGCGGGAAUAUAGAAUAUGCUGAGAAAAUUUUCCAUCUAGUUGCUGGUAGUGAUAGAGAUACAGUCUUUUAUAACAUUAUGAUAGCUGGUUUUGCUCACCAUGGACUUGUGAAUGAAGCGUUUAAGCUUUUUCAGGAGAUGUUGAAGAAACAUAUCAAGCCAGACGCGGUGACCUUUGUUGCACUUCUAUCAGCCUGUGUACAUCGUGGACUAGUCAAUCUAGGAGAGCAGAUUUUUUGUUCCAUGGAAGUAGAUCACAACAUUUUGCCAGGUGCUGAACAUUAUGCGUGUAUGGUUGAUAUGUAUGGAAGGGCUAAUAAACUAGAGAAGGCAAUAGAAUUCAUGAGAAAGAUUCCUGUACAAAUGGACGUCAAUAUCUGGGGAGCAUUUUUUCACGCUUGUCGUUUAAAUGGUAAUAUAGAGCUUGCUAAAGAAGCAGCGGAGAAACUAUUGAAAGUGGAGGCAGAUAAUGGGUCUCGUUAUGUGCAAUUGGCUAAUGUAUAUGCUUCGGAGGGGAAUUGGGAUGAGAUGGGAAAAAUAAGGAACAAAAUGAGGGGAAAAGAGGCAAGGAAACUUGCUGGGUGUAGUUGGAUGUACGUGGAAAAUGGCAUUCACGUAUUUACUUCAGGCGAUAGUUCUCAUUCAACAUCAGAUGAAAUAUAUUCUGCUUUGGUCUGUUUGAAAGAUAUGAUGUAUUUUUCAUCCGCAGAACUGGAACAGCUUUAUGAAGAUUCAGGGGAAUUCUUUUGAGGACAUAAAGCGUCAAUUAGCCAGUGCCAUUGAAUGUGAUUCUUUGGCACAUUAAAGGAGAAGUCUGUUUUGUGGCGAUCACGUCGUCAGAAUUCGAUGCCCGAGGUAUGCAGAGACAAAUGUUGGAAGAAAACAGGUGAUACUGGUUGCCAAUGUUAUUGUUGGACCACUGGGAAUAUGAUUGGAUGUUCUGUUCCUGAAACCACAACAGAACAGGAUAGAGCCAAGGAUCACAUAAUCCAAAACCUUAGUGACAUGUUAACUGGAGUUCAUUCCUUGUCGCCUCUUCUUAAUCUAAACUGUUUAACUUCAAGGCAUAGCGAGUAUUUGCCUUGUCCACAUUUUGGGUCCAAAGAACUUUCACGUAAGGUUAGAGAUCAUAAUAUACUACAGCAAUCCAGAAUUUGUAAGCCAGUUGGCGCAAAAGCAAACUGCGAGAUUGAAAGCCCAAAGAGCAAGAUUUGAUUCAGGUUAUUAUUAGGAACACAAGUAUUUUCCAGACCAUUAAGUAAUGCGCCAACUUGGAAUCUUGUAACCACAUGAAGACAGAUCUGCUGGUGUGAUUGACAUUAUUGGUCCAGUCCGGCGAAGUAAUCAAUCCCGUUCCAGUCCUGCCUAAUUUAGGUUUAGAAAUCUGGCUGGCCCUGUGGGUUGGUUGAAUUGACC